CAGAAGCAAAACAGAACACACAAAGAUAGAAGACACAGCUCGAUAAGGCAAAACAAAGAGCUUUCAUUUGUUCAUUAGAUCGGACCAAAAACUUCAAUGGGAGUAGAAAUUACAGAGAUCUGCAUGGACAAGGAAUCGGAUUGUGUAAUAGUUUAUUCAAAUGGUGUUUCACAAGAUUCAAAUAAUGAAACAUUUCCCAGUCAUCACGAUGCCAUGCAGUCAUAUGUGAAUGGGGAUCCUGAGCUCCAAGGUACAAAAGAAGGCACUGAAGCAAAAGAAUAUGAGGUGAAGGAAUGCACUACUGAAAACUCAGUUGAGAAAUCUGAACUAAGUCAUAUUGAGAAUGGUAAGGAAGAGCAGAGCAUUGUAAGCUCCAACCUUGAGGCUGGCCUGCCUGAGGAUAGGGUCAAACAAGAUAGAGUCAAAACAAAGAAUAAUAAAUCAAGAGUACCCAAGCAUGCAUCAAAACUAGCUGCAGAAAAUGUUCGAAUGAAGCACACUGUUCCACAGCCAUUUGCUCUUGCUACUGAAAAGCGUGCUUCAUUCGUAACUCGUCCUGCUGUGGCUGAAUCUGAUGCUGGAAAUGAUGUGAACAAAUCCUCUAACACAAAUGGUGCACAUCAUCCAAAUACAAGAAAACAGAAUCAGCAGCCAAUUUUGGUCUUGAGGAAGCCUCUGCAACCAAAUAACAAGAAGCAUCCUUAUGAUGAUGAAUCUUGUUCUGUUACUUCCACCACUUUGGAUUCUUCACGGACUGCUAAGCCCAAGUCAACUGUUGCAUCAGCUCCUACAUUUAGAUGCUCUGAACGUGCAGAGAAGAGGAAGGAGUUCUAUUCAAAACUAGAGGAGAAACACCAAGCUCUGGAGGCUGAGAAAACCCAAAGUGAAGCCAGGACUAAGGAAGAGAGGGAGGCAGCCAUCAAGCAAUUUAGAAAGAGUUUGACAUUCAAGGCAAGCCCAAUGCCAAGCUUCUACCAUGAGGGACCACCACCAAAAGUUGAGCUGAAAAAGAUGCCACCAACUCGUGCAAAGUCUCCAAAGCUAGGUCGGAGGAAGAGCUGUAGUGAUGCAGUUGCUUCAACUCAAGGGGAGAAGGAAAAAGGUGCUACUCAUCACGGAAAUCGCCACAGUUUGGGUAGUCAAAGAGAAUACACUAUUGCCACCACAUUUGGUUCAGCAAACAAAAAGAAGAAUCAGAACAAUGUCCAGAAUGGCCAUACUACUUUGAAAUUGAAAGAUGAAACCAUGAAGGUGCAAGAGAUGAGUGAGUCAGUUCCACCCAAGGCAAAUGGCCACAUUGACUUGGACAUUAAUUUCCUUUCUUGAGUGUCCGGUAAGUUUUCUAAUUUAAAAUGUGGAAAGGGUUUAUUCUCGUGUUUUAUUGUGACAACUCUAAAGAAUGUGUAUUUUGCUUCCUUUAAUUUGCAAAGACUCGUUGCUUUUUUGGUAUUGUUAUUAUUAAGUGUAAAUUUCUGUAAGUUAUAACCUUUUCAUACAUAUAAAAAGUCCCUGAUUUGUUGUAAUAUUUGACAAAGCCAAGAGACUCCAUUUCACUUUGAACAAUUCAAUAAAUUUUA